AUGAAGGAUGUUUUUAAUGCCACACACGUCCACAACAGGCUGUUUGUCCGGAAGACAUCCCGAGGACUCCUCCAUCCUCCACCUGUCCGACAGGGGGACAGACAGGGGGAGAGACAGGGGGACAUACUGGUGGACAGACAGGAGGACGGACAGGUGGACAGACAGGGACACACAGGGAACACACAGGUGGACAGACAGGGGGACAGACAGGUGGACAGGGGCCAUUCAUGGUCAUCUAUGGGCGAGUGUCUGCGCAGAGCUUGUCCAUGUCUGGAAACACUAUGGCAGAGGAGCUCCGGAGAGAAGAAGCCCUCAGCUGGAGAAGGAGGAGGAGGAGGAGGAGGUGAGGAGACCGCACCGCAGGAGACAGGGUCUGACAGCAGCUCCCUGUACACGGCGGUGUGGCCCUUCGAGGCCCGGCACGAGGACGAGCUGAGCUUCCUGGGGGGGGACCUGUUCCGCGUCACGAGCCGCAGCGGGGACUGGUGGACCGCGCGCAAGAUGGACCCGAACGGGCGCGUCCUGGAAUCCGGGAUCGUCCCCAACAACUACCUGGUCCGAGCCGAGUCCCUGAAGCUGCAACCAUGGUUUUUUGGUAAAAUGAACCGCUUCGAGGCUCAGGGUCAUCUGCAGGGAGCAGGAAACGAAGACGGGUCCUUCCUCAUCCGCCAGAGCGAGAAAGACAACGUGGGAUAUGUUCUCUCAGUGAGGUCAAGCAGUCGAGUGAAGCACUUCAGAAUCCACCAAGCAGCAGACGUGUUCUCCGUGGAGCCGACCCAGAGCUUCAGCUCCCUGGUGGAGCUGGUGACGCACUACGGCUCCAACAGCCUCGUCAACACGGGGCGCCUGGGAACCCUCUGCAGGAGAAAGAAACCCGACACCCCAGACCUGAACCACUUCACAGUGGACGAGUGGGAGCUGCCGCAGGAGCAGUUCACCCUGGAGGAGGAGCUGGGGACGGGGUACUUCGCUGACGUGUACCGAGGACGCUGGAAAAACCACAUCAACGUCGCCAUCAAGAUCAUCAAGAGUGACACGGAGUUGAACCACCGGGAGUUUCAGAGGGAGGUUCAGAUCCUGAAGAGUCUCCGUCACCGUCACCUCAUCUCUCUGUUCGCUGUGUGCACGGCGUCGUCUCCGUAUUACAUCAUCACCGAGCUGAUGGAGAAAGGCAGCCUGCUCACGUUCCUCAGAGGCCCAGAGGGGGCGCUGCAGGACGCCGCGGCGCUCAUUGACAUGGGGGCCCAGGUGGCUGAUGGGAUGUCGUACCUGGAGGAGCAGAACAGCAUCCACAGAGAUCUGGCGGCUCGAAACGUGCUGGUGGGAGGCGACUACAUCUGUAAGGUGGCCGACUUCGGUCUGGCCCGAGUGAUCAAGGAGCCGUUCUACAUCUCAGAGGAUAAGAAGAUUCCCUACAAGUGGUGCGCUCCCGAGGCCAUCAGCCACGGGAAGUUCUCCAACAAGUCGGACGUCUGGUCUUUCGGCGUCUUGCUCUAUGAGAUCAUCACGUACGGAGGCGUUCCUUACCCAGCCUUCAGUAAUCAGGAAGUGUUCCAGCAGGUCACUAAAGGUUACAGGAUGCCUGCUCCCGCCAAGUGCCCCGACCUUCUGUACGGCAUCAUGAUGCAGUGUUGGUGCCACGAGCCCAACGAGCGGCCGCAUUUCAAGUCCCUGAAGCCGCAGCUGGACGGCAGCUCGUACGAGAUGGGGUGACUCCGCCCUCCUCCGCCCUCCUCCGCCCUCCUCCGCCCUCCUGCGGUGCACGCACAGCGCCACGGACACGGAGCGGCGGACUCGUCACCGAGGACGAUUAUUUAAACACCAGGAAGUAAAAGAACACAAUCACCCACUCACUCAGUAUUCCACACUUCACUGUGUAGUGACUAUAAAGUGAGCUCAUCGGGGGAAGAUGAGGAAACACUUUCGGGUCAUAAUGACGUCGUUGUGCAGGAUUGUGAUCAACAACAACAACAACAACAACAACAACCUCGGCCAGUGGAAAACCCCACAGUUCAAAUGUUUAUUUACACAUAGUAUUUAUACUUUAAGGUAAAAAACAUGUUGGUUGUAAGUGGAGUGCAAUGCAUGAUGGGAGAUAAUGCAUCGGCUGUGCACCAUUUGUCAUGAUGCAUUAUGGGAAACAAUAAGUGAAAUAGAAAACGUCACAAAACAUUUGGACACCACUAUAUAUAUAUAUAUAUAUAUAUAGGCUUCUAUAAAGCGACCUCAAAGACUAAUAGUUUUUAUUCAGUUCACAUUUUAUAAUUUCUUUUCCAUUAUUCAACUGAUUAUUAUUUCCUUAGAGCCGAAACUAUAAGAAAACAAACUUGUUUAUGAUCAAUUAAUAAUUUGUGUUCGUUUUUUUAGAAGCAAACUGAGAAGUUCCAGGUUUAUUGAGUCUCAUGUGAUCGAAGACUGAAACCUGUUAGUUUCCAUCCGGAGCUAAAGAGGACCAUGAAAAUAAAACAUCAGCUUUUACUUUGUAAUGAGCGUUUUUCAAAGUGAAUCAGUUAAUGGAGACGACAAUCUGCAGAUUAAUCUAUAACUGUAAAUCUAUAUUAAAUACAGCCCAGGUUUUCUAAAUGAAGUGAUUCAUGUUAGAUAAAUCUGCAGUGUCAGAAAGUCUUCUUGAAACUUUAAUUAUAAGAAAGUAAAGUUCUUCUAAUUUCUUCUAAAUAAAAAAUCUAUUUUUGCAGUUUCUUAACGUGAAUAUUGACAAAUGCUUAUUGCAAAGUCUGGAAACUUGACGAAACAACUUGAACAGAAGUUUGAUCAUUAAGUCGAUGAGCAGCUCUGAGGAAUCUGAACUUCCAUCAUUUCCAUGACGACCAGGUCAUCUGCUGAAGGUCAUGUGAUAUGAUCAGAAGUUUCUGAGAUGCUGGAGGAAGUGUCAGACUCAAACUAAUCAUUUCAAAUUAUUAGUAACUUCAUGCUUUUAACAAUCAAUCAACAAACUUUCGUGGCUUGAACCAAAGUUUUAUUUCUACUCAGCACCUGUCAGAAGCGGCAAUAUUCAUCUUUGUCCAGUGGGGGGCAGCACAGCUCAACGUUGACUGAACUUGACUUUCAUGUUAAACUUUCAGUAUUUAACAGUUUCUCUAAAUCUUUGAUGUUAAAACUGUUCAACCAGGAACAAUGAUCCGUCAAGCUGUGGAAACAAGUCGUCUUGAUUCAAGCAAAGACACUUUUUUCUUUUUGUAAUGUCCUUAAGAAAUUAAAGUAUUUAUCAGAAACGUCUUUCUAACCUUAGAUGACAACCAAUCAGCAUCAGGUUACUGAUCCUUUAACACAAUAAAGUAAACUGUGAUGUGAACAUGAACAUGAACACCGACCAAUCACGUUGAGCCUGGUGCGGACAGGAUGUUACAAGCUGCUUGUUGUGAAAAGACUUCCUGUUUUUAUUUGACUGUUUUUAUGACAUUUUCAUGUGAAAUUAUUUAAAAAGUCUAUAAAUCA